GCCGCCUGAGCCGGAGCCGCCGUUGCCUCCUCCCUGCCGGAGAGAGUGUGUGAAGGAGGGGCCGAGGGCCGCCGCCGCCGCCGCCAUGGGGAGAAAGUCGAGCAAAGCGAAGGAGAAGAAGCAGAAGCGGCUGGAGGAGCGAGCGGCCAUGGACGCUGUGUGUGCCAAAGUGGACGCGGCCAACAGGCUUGGAGACCCCCUGGAAGCCUUUCCGGUGUUCAAGAAAUAUGACCGCAAUGGCUUGAAUGUCUCCAUCGAGUGCAAGCGAGUGUCUGGGCUAGAGCCAGCCACCGUGGACUGGGCCUUCGACCUGACCAAAACCAACAUGCAGACCAUGUAUGAGCACAGCGAGUGGGGCUGGAAGGACCGGGAGAAGCGGGAGGAGAUGACGGAUGACCGAGCCUGGUACCUCAUCGCUUGGGAAAACGACUCGGUCCCCGUUGCCUUUUCUCACUUCCGGUUUGAUGUCGAGUGCGGGGAUGAAGUCCUGUACUGCUACGAAGUGCAGUUGGAGAGCAAGGUGCGGCGGAAAGGCCUGGGCAAGUUCCUCCUCCAGAUCCUGCAGCUCCUGGCCAACAGCACACAGAUGAAGAAGGUGAUGCUGACGGUGUUUAAGCACAACCACGGCGCCUAUCAGUUCUUCAGGGAAGCCAUGCAGUUUGAGAUCGAUGACUCCUCCCCUAGCAUGUCCGGUUGCUGCGGGGAAGACUGCUCCUAUGAGAUCCUCAGCCGGAGGACCAAGUUUGGGGACAGCCAGCACUCCCACCCAGGAGGGCACUGUGGAGGCUGCUGCCACUGAGUCCUGAGGGCCACCCGCGGGCCGGAGCGAUCUCUCCUAGGGCCCGUCCUCUCCCCGCUCCCACGCUGUUUGCCAGGUGCCUGCCGAGCUUCAGCCUCAGUCCUCCCAGGCCAGCUGGCUCCCCAAGAGCACAGAACCUGGGGAGAAGUGACCCCAACCACCUCUCCCUCCCCAAGAAGAGCAGGACGCCGUGGGCAGGAGAGCUGGGGCCCUGGAACGGCGCGGCUCAGAUCUGGGCUACCGCCCCGAGACUGGGCUCUCCAUGGUGACACGCAGACACCCAGCUCACUGACCCUCAAAGGGAGCCGGCUCAGCCUAGAGGAUGGGCACACGGGACGCUCCUGCCCAGCCGGCUGGCUGCAGGAGGAAGUCACCUCUCCCCUCUGCUGCUGGGUGAGAGGCCCUGGGAGCCAGCAGCAAGUGAGGGUGGGGUGUGGGGUUCGGGGUGCUUAGCUGCUGUCAGCUCUGCGUACUCUGCCCCUCCCGCUCCCACUCCACAUACCUCUGAUCUUAGUCUCAGGGGAAGCAGCAUCAGGGAGCCCUCCUCUUCCCCCGGAAAAGCCCCUCACUCCUGUGUGGGUGAUGCCCUCUCCCAUCUUUUGGUGCUGACAGCUCUAGGGGAUGUGAUGUGCCUCCCCCACCCCUGCACUUGUUCCUCGGGAGCCCCCAGCCAGCAGCAGGCCACCUGUCUGUGCACCCCCCAGCUUUGCCCCUUGCUGCCUCAGGCACUAGUGCCGUGCCCACAUCCCCGCCGGUCACAGCUCAGGUCCAGGACCACGAUGGGUGCCCCUGGCUCCCUGGAGUCCCUGUGUGGCAGCCGGAGCCGGGUGCUAGCCUGGAGUACACCCCUUCUUCACCCCAUCCCGCCUUCUCAUUCCCCCUCGUUUCCCCACCCAGGCAUUGAUCCUUGUCCAGGGAGAAGUUCCAGCACCUCCCCUUGGCCUGUCUGCUGUGGGAUCGGGGCUGGGGGCACUGCAGGUGUCCUGUGGGUCCAAGUUACACCUCACCUCUGCCCUGACUUCCCUACCCUGGAUUAGUGCCCGGGCGGGGCCUGGCACCCCUGAGCACCGUGGGGUUGGAUGCUGCAGGCCAGGGCCUCACAGCUUCCCUUGGGGAGGCCGGGCCACCCGUGCCCAGCCUGCUGGCUCCCAGGGCCUGUCCCCAAGUGUGCCUGCCAGAGCCAUCAAGGGGGCGGACGGGCUCCCCAACGGUCCCAAGAGGACAGAGCGUGGUAAGAGGUUGACCUCUGACUGCCGUCCCAAAGGAUAGAAAUAAUAUUUAUUGUCUCAGAUCAUGGGUUUCUGAUACCUCCCACUCCCGGGGGCGGACAGGAGCCCCCAGUGUAAAUUCCACACGUGGUGUGUGUCGGUCACUGGACGUCUAGCACCCGUUGCUAGGCCCUCGCUCUGCCCCUCCAGCCUCUGCAGCCCAGUCCUUGGCAGCAGGGAAGGGGGCGGGGGUCCCUCUGCUGUGGCUCUGCAGAUGGCUCACGCACCCUUCUCUGCUUCUGACCUGGGUUCUGAGGGAUGCCGCAGCGCUUCAGGUCUGGUUGUGGGGCGCAGUGCUUUGUUGGGAGACGUGUUGAAUCCUUUCAGGUAUUGUUUUAGUUCUGUCCACCCUAUUUCAGGUUAUUCUGUUUGUGUUGAAUGUGGUUUUUUUUUUUUUUUUUUAAUAUAUAUAUAUAUACACCCUUUCUGAUUU